GCAGAACCCUAGUGGAGGAAACGAUUCACAGCCAGAAUUUUGGAGAUCAGAUAAUUCCACCAGAAAUUUCAGUCCUUUCUAUCUUCUUCUUCUUUUGAUUUCAUUUUUUUUUUGCCCUAAAUUAUUUUGUUCAGAAAAAUUAAAAAUAAAAAUUGAGUCUUGAACCAAAAAGCUUAGCUAGAGUUAGUGAUCAUGGCUAGUAUGGCGUCGGCUGCCUCAGGUUUCGUAUUGACUCCCAACGUCGCCACCACCACCACCACCGGCGCCGUCAAUUCCAGUCGGAACAGCGUUUCAUUUUUCUACCUAAAGAACAACGCCGCCAACAACAACACCAACAGCAGAGCCAAUUCUAGACUUGUUGUUAGAGCCGCCGAGGAAGGAGCUGCGCCGCCAGCAGCCACCAAGACAGCACCUGAAGGUGGUGAAGCCCCUAAGCCUAAGCCUCCACCGAUUGGACCCAAGAGAGGAACAAAGGUUAGGAUUCUUAGAAGGGAAUCCUACUGGUACAAGGAUGUUGGGAAUGUUGUAGCUGUUGACCAGGACCCAAAGACACGUUACCCAGUUGUGGUUCGAUUCAGCAAGGUUAACUAUGCCAGUGUAUCUACAAAUAACUAUGCAUUGGAUGAGAUUGAAGAAGUUAAAUGAUUUUAGUGUUUUUCCAAUGUAAAUUGUUAUUAUUAUCAUUAUUGUAAUUCUCACUUCUCUCUUUGCUCUAUAUUUUCUAGUCUUUUUUCUUCUUCCUCUAAGGAAUGUGUAUCAUACUGUGAUUUGUUUCUUCUUCUUCUCUUUCUCCCAAGUUAAUGAGAAUAUUUCUUACCAUCCAA